AGCUAAAAGCGUUUCCUGUCAACCAAUAAGAAUCGACUAUCCAACCCAGACGAUCCGUGUCCUCACCUAUAAUCUAAUCCAAACCGUCCAUUUCGGCUGAGAAAACACAACUUGUGGCAGUUUUCACCGUCAGAUUCCGUACAAAAGAAACACAGGGACAAUAAAUCGUAACCGUCCGAUUCACUUUAGUUAGCCGAUCCCCACACCUUCUAUAAAUAACUCUUAACCGCUCUUCUUUUCAAACUUUUAAUUUCGCAUACGUUGAGAGUUCCAAGAUCAGGAAAUAAAAAAAAAGAAAACCGUUUUCAACUAAUCUCAAGAGAUGGCCCGUACCAAGCAAACUGCUCGUAAGUCAACUGGAGGAAAGGCUCCUAGGAAGCAACUCGCUACCAAGGCUGCCCGUAAGUCUGCCCCAACCACUGGUGGUGUGAAGAAGCCUCAUCGUUACCGUCCUGGAACUGUUGCCCUUCGUGAAAUUCGUAAGUACCAGAAGAGCACUGAGCUACUUAUCAGGAAAUUGCCCUUCCAGAGGCUUGUCCGUGAAAUUGCCCAGGACUUCAAGACUGAUUUGCGUUUCCAGAGCCAUGCUGUACUGGCUCUCCAGGAAGCUGCAGAGGCCUACCUUGUGGGUCUUUUCGAAGACACCAACUUGUGUGCCAUCCACGCCAAGCGUGUUACAAUCAUGCCCAAGGACAUCCAGCUGGCUCGUCGGAUCAGGGGCGAGCGUGCUUAAGUGCCAAGUUCGAUGAUCUGACUUAGAAUGCAGAAAUUCUUGUUCGUUAUUAGGGAAUGUUGUUUUUUUUUUCCGUUGGGGGUGGAUGGGUAUGUACUUUUGUUAGGUAGGAUGGUAGCGGUAGGUUUUAUGUGAUGUGAUGUGAUGAUGAUAAAUCGGUAAUGGUGGUGUCUAAUAUUUGUUAAUGGACAGCUUCGUAAAGUCUGGGUAUAUUCUUGCUUAGCUGUGUUUUUUUUGGACAAAAUAUGCUCUGCCACUUGGCUUUGAACAUCUAUUAAUUAUUUGGCAAACUAA